UCCGGAAUCUUACUAACUAGAGAUCACAUUCAUAUCUUUAAAGAUUACACUUGUAACUUUAAUUUUGUAAAUCUGGUUUCAACGUACACAUGAACUUUUAGCAAGAUAAGUGCUCAAUACGAUGGAUACUAGGAUAUGAUUGUGUGGCAACACCACUGAAAUAUAUUUCUGUAUUUAUUUGGCUACAGUUUAACAACGGCACAGUUAAUUUAAACAACAUGUAAUCUAUUAUUUUUAUCAGGAUCUUUUCGUCCAAUGAUCAAACUACAAGAAUCUGUUCCAUUUAACAUUGAGAAUGAUAAAGAUGAAACACACAAUGGAAUACAAACUUCUAGCGAGUCUACUGAUUAUUGCUGUGCUUCAAAAGUGGGCCCGAUCUGAGGAAAGGAGUUGCGGAAAUGUGAGAGGUGACCAAAAUGAAGACAUUCUCAAGCUCCGUUUUUACCCGAGCCCCUUUUUUGUGGCUCAAAUCACCUACAACCACCGUCGCUGGCUGUUUGAAUCUGCAAAACGCGCACCAAUCAUUGUAAUACCUUUGAAAGACAGCCCUAAACUCGAUCCGAAAUAUAAUGAGUCAGGUAACUUUCUCACCGUAUACAACAUAAGCGCAGCAGAUAAUGGUCAGUAUUUUCUGGACUGCUGGCAAAGCGGUUUAACAUUGCAGAGUUCACGUUGGACGUUCACGUGGAAGAUGCCGGAAACAACGCACGUGAGCACCGUUACUACAACACAUAGGGUAACUAUGACCGAUAUCAAUGGGGAUUCAACGAAAUCAGACACGCCUAUAGGCAGUGUGCUAGACGUAGAUUCAGACAACAGUGUAAAUAUAUCGACUGGACCAAACAUUGCAACUGUGGUUGCCAUAGUGAUGGCAGCAAUCAUCGUUGUGGUUAUCGUGGUCGGGUCUGUCUUGAUUGUCCGCAGAAAUCGCCAACACAAAAGCCACGACGCAGCUCUCGAAACCGAAAAACCAACAGCUCGGAUACUGCCUAAACUUCCUGACCAGGGCGUUCCCACAUCUUCCUGUGAAGACCAGUAUGCAAAAAUACAGGAUUGCCGGUCAUCCGUCAACCCAGCUUCGGGUCGUUUAGAUGAUAAACGUGUUCCCCCAGAGUAUGAAUCGGUUACACCAACGUUUCAAAGAAAACAGACCACAUGGACGGGAACUAUUAACAAUGCACCAGAAUAUUCUCAAGUGAUUCCUAAGUCUCAAAGAAAUCAUAACGCUGAAGGUGAUACAAGAAACACUUCGCCGGAAUAUUCUCAUGUGAUUCCUAAGUCUCAAAGACGAUUGGACAUGGGAAAAGAAACAAAAGCGGCGGAAUAUUCUCAAGUGAUACCCAAAUCACAAAGACAUAACACAAUUGGCGAUGAAGCAAGGUCUAAAACGUUUUCAGUGACAUUUCCCCCUAACGUUGACGUCAGUAAGCUAGGGACAGAAUUACCGCGCGGGUCAGGCGACGCCUACGCGAAUUACGGGCCAACGUAUUCAAACAUAACAGGACAGGUUUUGGUCGCUGCCCGCUCAUUCAGGCGUAAGAGUCGCAUAAAGCACCGUGAGCUCCAUUACGCUGCACUGGACUGCACAGACCCGACCGCAGACGCCGGCCAUUAUGACUGCAUAGUGGACAUACAUAGAAAGAGCGGCUGUCAGUAUGCGUCUAUCAACUUUGAGAAGAAAGCGUUUAUCGCCCCUGUGCGACGCGCCCCUUCCUCGUGGUAUCGCCACCAAAAAAGGCGGAAGUCAACUGUGAAUAAAAAUAACUGAUUCUAUAAAUAUCAUAUUUGUUAAAAUAUCACAUUGGUAGUAUUUUAUUAUACAUAUUGUGAAGCAUCUAAAAUAUACCGCAAAGAUCUUAAACGUAGACAAAACGCACACACAUACGUACGGACGCACACACAGAUAUGCACGCACGACAAACACACACGCACACGAGUAUUUGGCCAGGAACAUAUUUAAAUGUUUGAAAUAAACGUCUGCAUAUACAACAAUAGGAUUGUUUGUAUUUAAUAAUUGUUAAUAGUUUGUAUGUCUUUCACAUUAUGCUAGGAUCAAUGUCAUAACCAAACAUGAAAAAGUCCUCAUAAUACGCGUCAUGUGACAUCUUUAAAACCUCCGAACUGACUCCCUUGCAAAAUUUCACCAUCCAGGCGUGCCUCUGAGCCGCGCACUCGCCACCACUCAACUUCCGGCGCUCCACAGCCUCGUUGACCGCCUUCUGCAGGCGUGCUUCUGUUUCCUCCUCCGUGACGUCAUUGAACUCUCGUUCCGGAAACUCGACGUCAUUGUUGUGUAACCUUGAAUUUGGAAUGCGUGCCAUAUUCUUCUUGCAAGCUCUUUUUCAGAAACACACCCUUUCGGUAUUAUUGGCCUAUGGUGGCCUUUUGGGGCAUACG